AGCGAGAGUCAGUGAGCGUCUGCCUCUCGUCCCGUUAAGACUUCUAAAUUUUGUGCUCCUCCGUUCUCCCUUAUCCAUACGGGCGAUACGCUUGGAUCGAUAGACCGUAUAAAAAAUAAAUGAGUUAAUCUAUUUCCAAUUCUGAAGUGCAAGGAAAAUGUUUGAAAAUGGUAUACUACUACAGCAAUCUAAAGCAACCAACGUGUCCCCAUUGUAGUACUAGUAGGCUUAGGCCUACGGCAAGAUUAUGAAGUACAUUACUAUUAUGCCUAAUUCGCGUGACCUAAAACAGACUUGUUUUGAACGGCUACGUCACUCCACGUUACUUAAAGAAACUUAAGCAUCGUGUUUUAGGUAAUACGUGGUGAAUUAUUAGGCCUAUUCACGAUUACUGAGGAAUAUUGAAACUUCUUCCCUGGGCAGCUAGGCCUACGCUGCAGAAACUGCCAAGGGUGUGUUCAGCACUGCCUUUUUUGGGGAAACGAUGGAUCGUCCUGUAAAUGUGGAAACUACUACUUCACCGUCUUCCCUUUGUACCUUAAACGGAAAUAACGGCUGAAGGCCACCAGUAUUCGUGACUAUAAGUGACUGUGAUUUUGCCUUCAAAGCUGUACGCUUUUAUUAUAAUUAUAUAUAAUCAUUAUUCAGAAAAUGGAUCAAGCCCACCAAAGGGGCCACCGACUUGAAACUCAAGGAGCUUCCAGAGAAUAUUAUUCUAUCCCCAACAAUGGUGUCAGCGAAUGACCUGAGGUCAUUCCAAGGUCAAGUGUUAUAUGAGACGAGCGACUGCGUUUGAAUCUAACGAAGUGAGUUUGAAGUUAUUUAAGUGAAUGAUAUAAUUUUAUUAAAAAAAAAAAAAAAUAGUGACAGCAUGGCGUCCUUCCUUCAGUACGCCCUCUCCCCCUUCCCCCGUCGCAAGAAUCGGAAGGGGGACAGGACCUCCACGAUCUCGCAGGACACCGUCACCUCCACGUCCACCUCGACGACGUCCACGCCCGCGCCCACGCCCGCCCCGCCGUCCCCGGCGCCCAAGACGCGCUCCGUGGGCAUCCAGACGCCCACGUUACCCCGCAGGGCCCUGGAGGAUUCCCCAGGCACGCCCAGUGCCCGCCGGAGGUUCAAGGAGAAAUGGCAGAAUUCGCCUCUGAUGAGUCGGAGGGCGUCCCAAGAUACCCUGCGGGAGGGCAGCGUGACGCCCGUGCCCCAGAGGAAGGCCGUCUCGCCUCCGGGGGAUUUCCAUUCGCCCGCGACCUCUAGGAGGCACAUCUCCCCGCCGCCUCUGCCAUCCUCCUCCUGCGCCUCUCUCAGCAGCCACGAGCCCCCGCCCACGCCCUCGUCGUCCUACACCUUCACCUACGACGCCCCACCGACGCCCACCUCCACCCGGCGCUGCCCUUCCCAGGUCAGCGUGGACAGUAGCCACGCCCACCACGUGGUGCACGUCGGGGCGGCCGGGCUGGAACUGGGCGGCCUGAGGGGCUGGGACCGUGAGGUCGUCCUCCGCGGGGAGGGUGGUGGGCGUAGGGCGGCGGGCGUGAUGCGAGAGAGCGUGCGGAUGUCCCAGUGCGUCGUGUGGCAGUGUCUGCCGCUGCCGGGCGGGAUUUGGAGCCGGAAGGCCAACGGCAAAGACGAAAACGGAGGUCCUGACACCCAGUAUAGCACCAUAGUCCGAGAUCCUAGGACUAGUUACAUCGCUGAGGAAGUCAGGGGAGUCAGCACUGUGCAGUUAUGGAAGAAGGAAGGUUGCACUCUGGGCUUGAUUGUGGCAGGUGGAGUCGACAAAGGGCACCGCCCCCGGGUGGCAAACCUGCGGCCGGGGUCUUCCGCCCACCGGUCAGACGCCCUGAGCAUAGGUGACUACAUUCUGGCGGUCAACGGGAUUCGAACGCAGGCACUGACCCACCAGCAGAUAGUCUCCUUGCUCAAAAACGCCGGCGACAAGGUCGACCUGGAAGUCGAGUACGAGAUACCGAAUUCGCCCGUGCAAGGGAGCGGAUGCGUCAUCGGCCGGAGUGUUGGAGUCCUGUUGGAGAAGGAGGAAGGGAGCUUCGGCUUCACCGUCAGGGGCGGGACGUCCCACGAAGCCACCAAGAGCAGGCCCCUCAUCAUCACCCACGUCAGGCCCGGAGGACCUGCCGACAGGGAAGGAACCAUCAAAGCAGGCGACCGUCUACUGGCCGUAGACGGGCGAGAUUUGACACGAUGUUCCCUGACCGAAGCUCAGGAGACACUUCGGCGGGUUGAAAGGAGUGCCACGCUCACCAUAGAGUACGACGUAUCUGUGAUGGAGAGCGUCAGGGCGUCUGGUGGACCUUUGCUGGUGGAGAUCGAGAGGGCCAUUGGCACUUCCCUGGGCAUCACCUUGACGCAUGCCCACCCGGAACCCAACGCCAUCAUCAUUGAAACGAUCAAGACUGCCAGCAUAGCUGAGAGGUGCGGCGCCCUGGCUGUCGGUGACAUCGUAGCGGCCAUCGACGGCACCCGUCUCGACCAGUUGACGGUAGCGGAGGCCGCCCAGCUGCUGAAGACAGCCCCAGGGACCCACGUGACCUUGGAGAUCAUUCCGGGGCCCACUAGUCCUCAGAGGAUCAGCUUCAGGAGGGGAGGGGGCGUGGCCUUCCCCCACCUCUACGGCGGAAUGACCAACACCACCGGCUGCUACGUCAGCAGUGGUGGGGGUGUUGGCGGAGGAGGGGGAGGAGGGAACGGUUACCUAUCGGGAGGGUCAAACUACAACACCUUGACCUCUAGACCCAGGUCAGCGGCCGCCAGGAGGGUCAACAGACGAAAUAGGCCCAGCGAUCGCGCGGAAACAGGCUCCGUAUCCUCUCACACUACGGCGGGGAGCGCAGGCGCGAUCGGCGUGUGUCAUCCCGAGUGCCUGACGGUGACGCUGGUGGUGGAAGGCAGGGGUUACGGCCUCGUCCUCAGACCUCCUCCCCAUCCCUCUGACCCAGACACGGCCCUGCCCGUCAUAGCGGCCAUAGAUCCAGGUGGCCCUUGCGAUAAGUGCAGCGUCAUAUGCGUAGGAGACAGACUCAUGGGAGUAAAUGGCAGGAGCGUAUCAGGCCUAGGAGUGAGCGAGGUGACCCAGAUGGUGGCCAAUUCUCGCCCUACGGUAACCCUAGACGUGGAAUUUGACGUGGCAGACUCCGUUGUGCCUUCUUCGGGGACCUUUGCCGUCAAGCUGGCUAAGAGACACAACGGCCUUGGCAUCACAUUGACAGCAGGUCGCAGAGCAGCUUCAGGAGAACCCUUCCUGAUAAGCGAGGUCGUCAGGGGAUCCCCAGCUCACCGCUCUGGAACGAUGCAGCCGGGAGACCGCCUCUUGGCCAUCAACGACACGCGCCUCGAACACCUGACCCUGGAAGAUGCCAGGGCCAUCCUCCAGUGCUGCGACGACAUCGUCACUCUCAGAGUACAAAAGGACGAGCUGUAUUCAGAAAGCGGAGGACUUGUGAUGUACACCGUAGAGCUUGUCAGGCAUGGUGGCGCCCUUGGUAUAACCAUCUCGGGUAGUGAGGAACCCUUUGACCCAAUCUUCAUAGCUGGUCUUGCUCCAGGUGGGCUGGCAGAUCGGACAGGGGCCAUCCACAUUGGGGACCGCCUUUUAGCCAUCAACGGGGCGUCCCUUCGAGGGAAGCCUCUCAGCGAGGCCAUCUUGAUGCUCCAGAACUCUGGAGACACUGUGACUCUCAAGAUCUCGCGACCAAGAGACUCUGGAGUACCCAGUGAAGAACUGAGUCGAGAGGAUUGGCUUGGCAGGUUCGGACCGGCGAUUCCUUCCGUGGAUUCCGCUGUCGAAUCCUGGGACAGUUCGGGUCUGGAUCCCGCGCCUGCAGGAUCUACUCCUGCAAUGUCCAAGAGAGAUUCUGGGUCAGACAUCGUUUUCAGAUCAGACUGCGGUAGUACAGUGCGCCGUCGUGCAGGUACAGAGGGAAGAGACGAACCCAAUGUGAAUGGAGAUUCAGAGAAUCCCGAAGCCAACAGAAAACCGACAGAGGAGGAGACGAGGGACAUGUGGAGAUCACCUUCUCCACCUCCGUCAGUAGACAGCGGACAGUCAGAGGAUAAGACGGACUGGGACAAGAUGAUCGCUGACCUCAACCAAAUUUCCGAGAGCUGUGGCUUGCGGAACCGACCCCAGUCUCCUCCUCAUCCUCCCCCCACCCAGCUCAUCCUACCGAACGGACAUGCAGGCAACUGCAUGCAGAGGAAGAAAGAAGGAGGAGUGACAAGCAACGGCGAGAUUCCCAACGGCGAGGGGCCCUCCCCUGCCGAAGCAGCGACCACAACAACAGCGCACUGCCAGACUCUGUCGAAUAGAAGACGCCCAAUCGUGACGGUCACCAGCGCCAGUAGCAGCCUUGAAGGAGAGCCAAAAGAAGAGGGCAUCUACUCCAUCAGCAACGCUGCCCUGACGUACACGGCCACCUACGGGAGAACAGCAUCGCCCCCUCCCGGUGGAGGACAGGUCUACCAAGUCACCUUGCUGAAGGAUCGUGUCUAUGAGGACUUUGGAUUCAGUGUGUCAGACGGGCUUUACGAGAAGGGCGUCUACGUCAACAGAAUCCGCAAGGGUGGGCCAGCUGACAAAUCUGGGGUCCUGAAGCCUUACGACAGGAUCUUGCAGGUGAACGACACCAGAACCCAUGACUUCGACUGCUGCCUGACCGUCCCUUUGAUGGCAGCGGCCGGCGACCGCCUGGUGCUCGUGGUCUCGAGGAAUCCCCACGCCAAUCCUACGCUGGACUUCUCCUCGGACCUCAAUUCCCCGCCCUGGAACGACAUCGAGGAAGGGGAAGAAGGAGAAGAGGAAGGAGAGGACGGGGUCGGGGGGAUCUUAGGGGAAAAGGACCUCCUCCUCGGGGACGACACCCACGAGCCCUACUCGACCGUCACCCCGUCCUUCACGCCCAUACCCACAAUUCUCAAGACGCUAUGAAGGGUUUAUUAGGAGUCCUUCUUGGGAGAUAGAUAGUUCUCGAAAGAUUACCUUUUUUGGAGGAGUUUGGGUGAUAAGUAGAUAGAUAGAUAGUUCUUGAAAGGAAUUAUCUCUUGGUGGGAAUUCCAGUGAAAUCUCCAGUCAUCCUUGAGAGACAGAUUAAUAAACACUUCUUGCAAAAUAAAAAAAAUAAUAAAACUAUCACCUACAAUGGGGGGAAUUUCAGUGAUAUCUCGAAUGUGAGAGUGUACAUAGGCCUACUGAAGGUUGUCAGAUUUAUAGAAAAAAACAAACAAGAAGAGUUAAUUACCAUUAACACUUUGUUCCAACGUUACUGAUUUUUCUGUAGCAGCCUGAAGACUGCUCUUAACGUAUUAACCGACUCAUAUAAUUGUUGCUUUACCCUUAGUGUAUGUUUAUACUAUUUCAACGAAGUAUAACUAAGCAUCGUAUCUUGGAAUGAGAUAUAAUAUAUAAAAAAAAGUAUUUUAAUUCUGAAUACAUUUCAAUAACUCCUCUAAAACUCAACAGUGUUACAGGUUGUAUCCUAGUGCCUUUUAUAAAACUACGGUAUAUAUAUAUAUAAAUAUAUAAAAGUUUUUGUAAAUAUUUUAGUAUCAAUUUAAUCUUAAUCUAGAUACUGUCCUAUGGUGUAUAUAUAUAGUUCAGGGAAAUCGAAAUGUGGACGUCACUAAAUUUGAUCAGAUGUGGACAGUUUGUUAUUCAUUUUAUCUUCCUUGCACAGUGCAGUUACGACUCAAAAAAUUGUUAAAAGGCAGUAGUAAGCAUCGUACAUACCAUAUAACGUUAAGAAAUAGGUUUUUUUUAUAUACAUGUUAAUUGAGUAUUUAAAACAAGUUAAAUUUUACACAUGCACUUUUUCUUAACCUAACAUCUUUUAUAUAGUUUAUAGAAAUUUUUUAUAUAGAUUUUCCUUCUCUAGUUAAUCCCUAUUACACACCAAAAUAGAAUUUAGAUUCGUUCUUUAACAAUGCUGUCCACUUGUAUGCGCGUGAUUUACUGCGCAGCAUUGUAACAUAAUGCAUAAUAAUAAUAAUAAUAAUAACGAUUAUUAAUAAUAAUAACAACAACGGUUAUAUAUGUUUUUUAUCCCUAGUCAUGUAAACAAUGUUCAUUAAUACUGUAAACGGUGUAAGCACGGUUUUCAAAUCUCACGAAUAAUAAUGAUAACUCUAUUUUGUGAAUUUCCUAGAUGAAAAACUGUCAAUUUUUUUGUGAGGUGUCUUCUACAAAAAAAUAUAUUGUAUUUUUGUAAAAAAGACUCGAAAAUAAAGGAUUUUAAUUA